CCGGGGCUGUGCUGUGGCUGUGCCGGGGCUGUGCCCGCGCUCGCGCCGCCGUUGCCGCGGGGACGGGGUCGCUCGGCGCUGCCGGGAGCGGCGCUGCCAUGAACGGGGAGCGGCGCCUGCCCCUCCUGCCCGGCUGCUCCUUCGGGGACCCCACGAAAACCUCUUUUCAUCGGUCCCACACGCUGGGCUACAAAAAUGGAUAUGCCUUUUCUCGGCUGCCAACAGCGGGGAUUGGCGGGGAGCGACUCUACGUGAAUCAGCUUUCCAAAGCUGAAUUAGAUGAAUUGUCCAGCAAGAGGCUCGCGCUGACCUAUGGGCAAAUCAAGAGGGCUCCACCUUCCAGCUUCAUUCCAGCAUACGUGGCUUUGGACAAAAAGGUUUUGAAGUUCAAUGCCUAUUUUCAGGAAGACGUUCCUUUCUCCGCCAUGGAGCAAUACCGGGUCCGCCAGGUGGCUAUCUAUUACUAUUUGGAAGAUGACAGCAUGUCCGUCAUUGAGCCUGUUGUGCAGAACUCUGGUCUUCCUCAAGGCAAACUUGUCAGACGCCACCGGGUGCCCAAGAAUGACCAUGGGGAUUAUUACCACUGGAAAGAUCUGAAUCGGGGCAUGAACAUCACCAUGUAUGGCAGGACAUACCGCAUAGUGAACUGUGACCCGUUCACACAGGUGUUCCUGGAGAGCCAAGGCAUCGAACUGAACCCUCCAGAGGAAAUGGCUUCUGACCCUUACACAGAAUCGCGCCGGAUACCCAUGCGUGAGUUCAUCACACCCUCAGAUUUCCACAAACUCAAACAGUUCUUGACUUACGACAAGCAGGUCCUUCGCUUCUAUGCCGUUGGGGAUGACACUGACAAUGCCUUUGGUGAGAAUCGAUCUUACAUCAUCCAUUACUACUUGGCAGACGACACAGUGGAGGUUCGGGAAGUCCACAAGCAAAAUGAUGGCAGAGACCCAUUCCCAGUACUGAUAAAACGCCAACGCUUGCCCAAAACCUUUGUGGACCAGAUAAAGACGUUCCCAAGUUGUGUGCUCGAGAUCUCUGACCAGGAGGUGCUUGUAUGGUACACAGCUGAAGAUUUUGCUGUCGGCAAAUCUACCACCCUCCUUGGCCGCACCUUCUUCAUCUACGAUUGUGAUGAGUUCACACGAAACUUCUAUCGUGACAAAUUUGGCAUCACAGACUUCCAGGUGGUGGAGUUAAAGAAGAAACCACUUGAGGAGGUUCCAAAGGUAAUUCCUCCUUAUAAUGGUUAUGGCAUCCCUGAAGACUCUCUUCAGAACUGCUUUUCUCUGUUUCCAAAGCCUCCCAAGAAAGAUGUAGUUAAGAUGUUUGAGAAUGAUAGUAAGGUGCUGCGAUACCAGGUGACCCUGGAAUCACCAAUACCUAUGGACAGAAAGCGUCAUUUCAUCCUCUCAUAUUUCCUCUCCAAUGACAUGAUCAGCAUCUAUGAACCCCCAGUUCGUAACUCUGGCAUCACUGGAGGAAAGUACUUAGGCAAAACCAGAGUCCCCAAACCAGGCUCCACUCCAGACAAUAUCACGUACUAUGAGCCGUCUGAUCUCGCCAUCGGUUCCACAAUUGAAGUGUUUGGCCACAGGUUUGUUAUCACCGGGGCUGAUGAAUAUGUGCUUAAUUAUAUGGAGAGCAAUGCAGAGCAUUUCCCUGCAGCUACACUGCAGUCCCUGAGGGAUCAUUUUCGCCCACGGCAGGUGUCAAAGGAGACUGCCAACAGUGCCCUCCCCACACUUGGCAUCACCAAGCAGGAACUGGAAGAAUUAAUUCCACAGGUUCAGGAAGAACUGAAGCUCCAUAAGUCCUUGAACAACAAGAACAUCUGGGAGGCGUUUCUUCAGUGCGACAAGGAUGGCUGUGGCAUCCUGGACAAAGCACAAUUCUUAGCCCUUUGCGACAGCCUGAGUGUGCCGACCAGCGCCAUUCUGGUUCACAAGCUGAUUGACCUGUGUUCCUGUGGAGAAGACAAGAUAAACUACCACAUCUUCCUUAGAGCCUUCCCCUUGUGACCUUCCCCGACAAGCCAAAGAACAAGACCAACAAUAAAAUUCUUGGCUGAGUUGACUUUAAGACACUGUGCUUUAAAAAGGAUGCUCUAGUCUUCACCCUCGCUUCACUCAGUCUCUCCCUUCUCUUCUCACUACAGACAACUAAUUUCAUCCUUACUUUGUUAACUUUUCCCUCCAAACCUCUCCCUGCCCUUUCAGCUACCACUAAACUCAACUUCACAACUGCUGGAUAUGGAAAUGAAACUCACAUGAGAAAGAACUUUGGAGAACCAAAGUCACGUUCUCCUGUUGCUCUCUCAACUUUUUAACCCAGUACAGCAAGGCUUGCUAGAGCUAAAGGUCUCUAGAGCCUGGACAGAGAACCACUCCAGAUUUCUCUUGCAGAGUAAAAAGGGGCCUUUCACUGUCAGGCAGCAAAGACUGCCAGUUUAAAUUGUUAUUUGCAAUGCAAGGAGAUCCAAGAGCACUGCCAUGGACCACAACUAACUCACCUUUGAUAGUCUGAAGGUAAGCAAGUCAUGCAUGGCUGCUAUAAAAAGUGUUAAUAAAUCUGCUUUAAAACAAGUACCUCAUGGAUGGAAUAGCUGAGGAUUAAAGUGAGGGGAGAAAACACCACAAAAUUGAGAUUCCAGGAUUACCUGAAAUGGAGUUUAGCACUCACGUAGUCAUGGAGAUAGCAGGGCUCUGCACACAAAUGUGCUGGCAGCAGCUCUGCAUUUUUGAACAGAUGGUUGGGAGAAUGGUUUUAGGACUGAGAUGCUAUUGAAACCCACCUGAUGCAACCUGUCAUCUUAGCAGGCAGGCCCAGUGAAAAAGGAAAACUAGAGGUUGGCAUAGCAAGAGUUAUGACACUUGCGCUCCACUCAAGAGUCACGUCUUCAUCUCACCAUGAAGGUAAACGUGGCAGGGACCUUCUCGCCCCAAAUGACACCUGCCAGGUCUUGCCAUCAAACACACACACAAACAGCAGCUUAUCGCACAUAGCCGAGAGCAGAGCUCCUCAGAACAAAACACUUAUUUAAAUCAGCUCCUGUGCUGUGAAUUCCCAUUUCCCUUCAAACAGCUGAGUCUCCACAUGACUGCUCCCUCCCAUCUCCCCUUGUUCAGAAAGGACAUCGCUCUUCCCUUCUGAGCCCAUUUUGUGCUGCUGCUCGCUCCAUCCAAGAACUGCUACUUCUCUCUCUUGUCCACUUUGGAUUUCAAAGCACCG